GGGCGCGCUGAGCGCUGUGGAGUGCCGGGCGGCGCCAUGGCGGGCGGCGCUGCUCCGCCGGCUGCGCUGCUCCGCGCCAUCAACGCGCUCCUCCUGCAGCGCCGCUACCGCGCCGCGCUCGCCGUCCUCAAGGGCUUCCGCAACGGGGCCGUGUAUGGAGCAAAAAUUCGUGCUCCCCAUGCCCUGGUGAUGACUUUCCUGUUCAGGAGUGGAAGUUUAAGAGAGAAAUUGAAAUCGAUUGCUCAGGCCACGUACACUCAUUCCCGGAACUUGGCGUAUUUUGUGUUCACCUACAAGGGGCUGAUGGCGUUGCAGUCCCGACUACAGGGGAAAAAAAUUCCAUUUCAUUCUUUCUUUGCAGCCUGCAUUGGGGGUUGGUUAGUGUUCGGUGAGAACAAUCCCAUCAACAGCCAGAUCGUUAUGUACCUGCUGUCUCGAAUCCUGUUCGGCUUGUCUCGGCUGGCCGUGGAGAAGGGCUACAUCCCACAGCCCAGGCAGGAUCCCUUCCCACUUGUUGCUGCUCUGGUGUGGGGAACGGUUCUCUGGCUCUUUGAAUACCACCGACAGACUCUGCAGCCUUCUCUGCAGGCCUCCAUGACCUACCUGUACGAUGACAGCAAUGUGUGGCACGACAUUUCUGACUUCCUCAUUUAUAACAAAAAGCCUGAGAGCAAAUAGUCAGCUCGUUGUACAACACCUGGGGGAGCGGAUGGUGCCCUCCAGCAGCUGAGGGAAAAGGUGCUUCUCUUGCUCUUGACUGAUGAAUGUGUUUAAAUUAACACCUAUCAAGGGGAGUUGCCUCUUGUCUCCUCACCAAAAUAUUCUCAUUAGUCUUCUGUUAGCUCUGUUUAGAGCUAGUAAAUACCCCAUGGAAGCUUAUUACAGUGCCUCAGGGAGAGUAAAAUGCCUUGGGAACCUUCAGUAAAAUCAGUCUUCUUCUAAAGAGA